UUGUGUAUUCCGUCGUCCGGUGUGUGUGGGCCUUUUCGUGCCACGACGUUUGGCGCCGCUCUGUGGCAAACUUUGGAAGCUGUUGCCUGACCGUCAGUCACACUAUCGUGAAUAGUUUCUGCACAUCAUUACCACGGGGACUACCCUGUAUAUCAAUAAGUAAUUGAGAUUAUUAUCGAUAAGCUUAUCGUGAUAAGAAAAAUCUUGAAUAGCAUUGUAAGUGUAAGUACAGAAUACAGAAAGAGCCAUUUAGUUUUUACCCUUUUAAGGCGUGUAUUAAAGAAAUAUGGAAAUAAGGGGUAACAAAUUGAAAAUCGACUCGUCUGGCGGGGAAGAACAGCGGUUCAAAUUCGAUCCAUCAAAAGAGAUUAGUGAUUUCAAUUAUGAAAAAUUUCACUCAGCGUGUGCUGAAAUUUUUCAGUCCGAUGAAAUCGAACAAGAGGAAUCGAAGCUUCGAGAGAUUUUUGAUUUAUUCGAUUCCAACAAAGACGGUGUGCUGACAGGACGAGAAAGAAAAAUAUUUGCCAGCUGGUUAAAACUCAAGCCUGUAAACGCUCUUUUGAUUGUGGACGUUCAAAAUGAUUUUAUAGACGGGUCGCUAGCUCUUCGUCGUUGCGAUGGCAAUCAGGAUGGAGCUGAUGUGGUGAAGCCAAUAAAUCGUUUGAUAAAGAACGCUUGUUUCGACAAAAUUAUUUACUCGCAAGAUUGGCAUUUAGAAAAUCAUAUCAGCUUUUACGAAAAUUUACACUUGCGGGAAUUACAUGCAGAUUCGAAGGUAACGAAGGAGAACGCGAAGCCAUUCGAUACGGUAAUUUUCGCGGAUCCUUGUGUAGAGCAGAUUCUAUGGCCCAAGCAUUGCGUGAUGGACACAUGGGGAGCUGAACUGCACAAAGACCUGAUUAUUGCACCAGGUUCCGAACAGGUACGUAAAGGGCAGAACUCGGAAGUGGAAAGCUAUUCCGUGUUCUUCGACCAGAACUUCCAAGGGUCGAUGGAGUUGCAAUCGAUUCUGCGUAAAUCGGGCGUGAACUGUGUGUAUGUGUGCGGCUUGGCUUACGACGUUUGCGUGAAAGCCACCUGCUUAGACGGUUUGCGAUUAGGUCACGCGAUCGCCGUGAUUGAUGAUUGUUGUCGUGGCGUAGACAACAAAAAUAGUGAGAUUGCUAAACAAUUGAUUGCCGAGAACGGUGGCUUGAUUACUGAUAGUGACAAUGUUCUAUCAAUCGUGAAUGGAAAAAAACGGAAUAUUAUCAUGAGUCAUCAACUUGCGAGGUCAAUGACCUUGACCGCGUUCUCUGGAACGUCCACAGACAGUUCUGAAUAA